UCCGGUGAUAUGAACCGUAUGAGCUAUGGGAUAUAUUUUCAAUGUCUAUUCAUUGUUUGGUUUGCGGCACUCGUCACUAGCAGUGAAGAUUUAGAUGAAACAUCUAAGACUGCGAAACUACACGGACUAGCGAAGGCAGACUGGACAUUCGAUUCAGAAUUAAUUGGCAACAUUUGGGACGAAACAGAAGUUUUACGCAUGAUACAAACCUAUUUGGGAUGGAUACAGCUGCACAUCGAGCAAAGCGAGGUGACCAUUCUCACUCUGCUAGAUCAGAUUCAAGCUGAACACAAGAAAGGAGUAUACAUCCUCUCAACAGAUAGUAUCCUGAUGUUGACUCCCAAAGGCUACUACGUUUCACUGUCGUAUAUAAUAAUUAUACAUUUAGCAGUUUUUAUUAUCAUAACAGUGCUCGCUAUACUGAAAUCAUUUAACAAAACAUCCGAACCCUCUCAAGCGAAUUCCAGCUUAGAUGUAUGAAAGGGAAAUUUAUAAUUGGAACAUGUUUGUAUAUUUAGAUUGGUUCAAUCACAAAAUGUUUGCCUACUUUGGCAUGGUUCCUAGUUGACAAUAAUAUCACCGUAUAAUGUAAAAUACAGUAAUAAACUAAUAUUGUG